UGACUGCACGUGGUUCACUAAUUGAUAAAUUUUAUUUUUUUUUUUUAUUGUAUUAAAAUUUUAAUUUUUCACUGUUUUUGAAGAGAUUAAACGACAAUGGAUGGUGAUACAGUAAUUGGUUUUGGUGAUGCUCCAGAAUCUAAAGCAGAUUUUAAACCGAAAAAUGGUAAAAAGUCUGGUGGCUUUCAAGCGAUGGGGUUGAGUUUUCCUGUACUAAAAGGAGUAUUAAAAAGAGGAUAUAAAGUACCAACGCCUAUACAAAGAAAGACCAUUCCAAUUGCUUUGGAGAAUCGAGAUGUUGUUGCUAUGGCGAGAACUGGUAGUGGAAAAACUGCUUGUUUUUUAAUACCAAUGUUUGAAAAAUUAACACAGCAUUCUAUUAAUGGUAAUAGAGGUAUACGUGCAUUAAUUUUGUCACCUACUCGAGAACUUGCUGUUCAGACUUUAAAAUUUGUCAAAGAGUUGGGAAAAUUUACAAAUUUAAAAUCUGCAGUAAUUUUGGGAGGUGAUCCAAUGGAGGCACAAUUUAGUAUUAUGCAUAGUUCUCCUGACAUAGUAGUAGCUACACCUGGUAGAUUUUUACAUAUAUGUGUUGAAAUGUCUUUGAAAUUACCAAAUAUACAAUAUGUUGUAUUCGAUGAAGCUGAUAGGUUAUUUGAAAUGGGAUUUGGAGAACAAUUAACUGAAAUUAUUGCUCGUUUACCUGAAACUAGGCAAACAUUAUUGUUUUCAGCUACACUUCCAAAAGUAUUAGUGCAAUUUGCACGAGCAGGACUUUCUGAUCCAGUUCUCAUAAGACUGGAUGUCGAGUCAAAAAUUCCAGAUACUCUUGGAUUAGGCUUUAUUAGUGUUCGACCUGAAGAACGUGAUGCCGCUCUGUUAUGUCUUUUGAAGUAUGACAUAAAUCCUGAUGCUAUGACAAUCAUUUUUGCUCCAACAAAACAUCAUGUUGACUACAUUCAUUUACUUCUUGAUCAUCAUGAUAUUUCAAAUACGUUUAUAUAUUCAGAUUUAGAUCCAACAGCUAGAAAAAUUAAUGCUGAUAAGUUUCAAACUGGUAGUGUUCGUACAUUAAUAGUUACAGAUAUAGCCGCUAGGGGUAUAGAUAUCCCACAGUUGGAUGUUGUUAUUAAUUAUACUUUUCCUGCUAAGGCUAAAGUUUUUGUUCAUAGAGUUGGGAGAUGUGCUCGAGCUGGAAAGUCUGGAAAAGCAUAUAGUUUAGUUACUCGUGAUGAAUUGUGUUAUUUAUUAGAUCUUCAUUUAUUUUUGGGUCGUCCAUUUAAACCUGUAUUUGAAACACCAAAAGAUGACGAUGAUAAUGAUGGUCUUUUUGGGAUUGUUCCUCAGGUAUUGCUUGAAGAAGAAUUAGGGCAAUUAACAAGUUGGUACACAUCCUCUAUUGAUGUGAUAAAUGCUCAAAAAACUUGUGUUAAUGGUUAUAAAAAUUAUAUAAAAUCAAGACCAGGAGCUUCAGCAGAUAGUGUACGUAGAGCUAAAAAAAUUGAUUUGACUGCUCUUGCAGACCAUCCAAUGUUUAAUAAAGUUAUUGCAGCAGACAUGGGUCGUGUAAAUAUUGUAAAUCGCAUAAAGAAUUUUAGACCAGAUAUUACUGUUUUUGAAAUGGGCCAAUCAACUAAUUCAAUUCAAGCACUUCAAAUGAAAUUACUAAGGGAACGAAAUUUACCAAGUGUUGUUAAUCACCAUAGAAAAAAACGUGAUCAGCUUCAAGAGUCUGAAGGUGUAAAUUUAAAAAAAGUUAACUUGCCCUCAAGUAAUCAAACAGAAAUUGUAGAAACUUUCAAUGAUAUUAUAACACAAAGGCCUCGAAUAACUGGUCUAAAAAAAAAAACAAAGUAUAAACCAAAAAAAUCUGAACCAUUUAUACCUUACAAGCCAGCUGAUGCUUACACUGAAGAAGGAUUAGCAGUUAAUGAGCUGAAGUCAACAGAUGGAAUAUUAGAUUUAAUGGGUGAUACCGAAAAAUCAUUAGCUAAACAAAGAACUAAUAAGCGUAAAUGGGAUCCAGUUAGCCAUAAAUAUGUAAGCGCUCAAAGUUUAGAAAAAAAACAAGUGAAAAGAAUUAAAUCUGAAUCUGGUCAAUGGAUUCCUAUAACGUACAAAAGUGAUAGAUAUGAAAGAUGGCAAGAAAAGUCUAAGUUGAAAAAUGCAGCUGUUUUGGAAGAUAAUGAAGAGGAAGAAGCUAAAAAAACAGCACCAUUAUUCCGUUACAGAUUAAAUACCCGAUGGGGACGACACAAUGCUAAAUUGCGAGAAAAGCAAUCUGAACAUAGAUUGAGAUUAGAUACCAAACACAUAUUAAAACAGAGAAUUAUUAAAGAGCAUAGAAGACAGAAGAAUGGAAGGAAACCAGUAAAAAAAGAUAAAAUUAAAAAGAAAAGUGCUAAAUUUAAUAAAAUUUAAAAUUAAAUUAAAAUGUGUAUUAAAUUUUAAAUUAAAUAAUAAAUAUUUUUAUUAACGUUUAAUAA